AUGGACGUUGUGGCCUCCCUGGCUGAGCUCCAAGCAGAGGCCAGCUGCCCCGUCUGCCUGGAUUACCUCACAGACCCAGUGACCAUUGAGUGUGGGCACAACUUCUGUGGCUCCUGCAUCCACCAGUGCUGGGAAGAUCUACAGGACAUCUUCCCCUGUCCUGUCUGCCUCCACCACUGCCCUGACAGGGACUUCAAGAGGAACACCCAGCUAUGUCACAUGACUGAUAUGGUUAAGCAGAUUCCCACCACAGGGAGCCAGAGGAAAUUGCAGGAAGAAAAACUGCUGUGUGAAAAGCACAAUGAGGUUUUCACCCUUUUUUGUGACAGUGCCCUGGAGCUGUGGUGUCCCCAGUGCAAGAUCUCAGACCACCAGGAUCUGCCCCUGACACCCAUUGACGAAGCUGCAGCUAGUCACAGGAGGAAGCUCAAAAGCUACAUUGAGCCCCUGAUAGUGGAGUUUGAAGAUGCUGAAACGGAGUAUGAAAACCACAUUGCAAAAGCUUUUGAAGUUCAGAGAAAAAUGGAAAAUUGGAGGAGAGAAUUGUACUAUGAAUGUAAAGAACUUAAGCAUUCUUUGGAAGUAGAACACGAUGAAAUCAAUGCCAGCCUACUUAUAGAAGAGAAGGAUGUUGAAGAAAAAAUAACUGAAAAUGGAAGGCAAAUUUCAAACCAUAUGUUCACACUAAACAAUCUGUUAUGUGAAAUAGCAGAGAAGUAUUUGCAGACAGACCUGGAUUUACUCACAGGUAUUGAAAGUACCCACAACAGGUAUGAGAACCUAGAGACCCCAGCAGUUGUUUUGUAUGAAUUAAAGAAGGAGAGUUUCACUCUCCCCCCACACUAUUUUGGCCUGCAUAAAAUGAUGAGCACAUUUCAGGUAGAUUUGACUCUGGAUCCGGAAACUGCCCAUCCAAGUCUCAUUAUCUCGAGAGACAGAAAAAGUGUGACAUAUAGGAUACCAGAUGGUCUUCAUAAUCCCCAGGCACUUUCGUCUUACCCAGCUGUCCUGAGCUCUGAGGGCUUUGCUGCUGGCAGGCAUUUUUGGCAGGUAGAAGUAAAAGGCACAGGUGAAUGGUCCUUAGGUGUGUGUAAAGAAUCUGCCCUCCAAAAUGCUCUUAUGUCACCAUCCCCAAGCAGUGGCAGCAGGCACAUUGAGCUUUGCGCCAGUAUAUGCGGAACUUGCCCUAGAGGACAUGUCAUGCGGGUUGGCAUUUUUCUGGACUAUGAGUUGGGAGAGGUUUCAUUUUAUAAUUUAAAUAACAGGUCAUACUUGUAUGGAUUCACUGAUACAUUUACAGAAAAACUUAUGCCUUAUUUCUCUAGUGCACCUUCUUCAAAAUCUCUUACAAUCAGCGUCAGAGAUGAAUGA